AUGUUCGGCACUGACCUUUCGGUAACCCAAAUGUUUAAAUACUUCCAAUUGAAGACCACCAGCAGAUUCGUGAUGAAUGGAGUAAAUCAAAUGUAUGACGCGCCUCAAGGAGAAUCGGAGCACAGUCACAGUAACAAUUACGAUUCUCAGUACGUGAUUACUAACGCAAUCCCAACACGAAUCAAAGAAGAGAGGCCAACGUGCCAAUAUGUCUACGCUCAAUCGAAUCAGGUUAUUGCCAACAAUAGAGCACCAUCUCCACCAAUAUCGGCGAGCUCUUUUGGCUCCAAACCGUUCAGUGAGUGUUCCGAAGAGGAAGUAGAUUUCAUUCACCGACUUCCACCUCAUAUCGAGACUAAGGUCUACUACCCGCCAUCAUCGUUAAAUCCUUUCAACUACUUCAAAAACGCAAAACGAGAUCGGGCUGCAGUGGAGAAACGACGUAUUCAUCGGUGUGAUCAACCCGGCUGUUACAAAGUCUACACCAAAAGUUCUCAUCUUAAAGCUCAUCAACGAAUUCACACAGGUGAAAAGCCAUAUUUAUGUCAGUGGCCUAACUGUUGCUGGACAUUCGCGCGGUCAGACGAACUCACGCGACACUACCGGAAACACACUGGUGCAAAACCAUUUCGUUGUCCCGAAUGUCCUCGGUGCUUUGCCCGGAGCGACCACUUACAGCUUCACAUGAAGCGUCAUGAAUUGAAGAGCGAUGUUUCACUACAAGAAAUCAACCAAGGUUGUAGCGAUAUUACUGAUUUGUGA